AUGUAUACCAAUAAACCAGAAAUUUCAAUUGUGGGGCGCUCAUUUAUCAAACCCGAACACCGGCGAAGAUUGCCGAAACGAGAACGCGACAUCAACAUGACAGAAGAACUGUCAGGUGUUACUGUCGUGAUAUUUAUUGCAGCUGGUGUCUUAACAUUUAUAUUGUUAUUUAUAUUUGCUAAAAGGCAAAUUAUGCGAUUUGCUCUGAGGUCUAGAAGAGGUCCGCACCACCCAAUUGGACAUGAUGCGAAGAAGUCAUUAAAAAAAGAAAUUGAAAGAAGAAUUGAAGUCAUACCAAGAAUUGCUCAUGAACCCCAAGUAAUGAGUGAUCCUAGAUAUAUCAUGGCACCUGGAGGUCAAGUUCCACCACAUUACUACAGAUUGAAAGCUGUUGAUGAUGUUAAAAGUUUGGAGGCUGAAAUCACAAAAUAUGAUAACUGUCUGAAACGUCAUCCGGCUGAAAAUUUACGAGCAUAUCUCUUGACAAGCUUAGCAGCACCUUUAAAUGGUAGCGGGCAGAGACUGAUACAUCAAUUCUGUGAUCUAUAUGAACAUGCGAGGCAUGAUCCAACAGAAUUUAGCGAUGAGGAAUAUCAAGUUUACUCAAGACUAGUCCUCAAGCUUAUGGAUGCAGCACGACUAUUGAAAUCAUAUCCAAAUAGUAGGAAGUCUAGCCCAAGUCGAACACCGAUCAAAAAAAAUGUUGAGACGAAAAGAAAUAUUUUGGAACCAAGAAUGCGCCCAUCUGAUGAACAAACUUUGUGUGGUUCCAGACCCCAUACUUUGACAGUAAUGGCGUUGGAUAAUAGUGAAACAUCUGUGUAGCAUUAUGGUUAUCGUCACAUACAACAUAUGUGACGAGUUUAUAGUAUUAGCUUGCUGAAUGGCGUCAGUGCUUAAAACAAACAGAUUUUUCGUGCAUCCCUGAACCGCAAUUUCUCUUUCAAUUGGCGUCCAAUUCUUUUUUUCUAACAUCUACGUUUAUUAUGAAGAAAGUUAGCAGUUCUUGUCGAAGCAACGCAUUAUCUUUACCCGUUAAUAAUGCUAACAAUGAUAUUCAAUAUUCAUCUUCAUUGUAUUUAAUGCAGCCCAUUGUAAAUAACAUAAUCAGAAAAAUAGUGACGAUAAUAAUUAUCGCAACAUUUAUUAUGUUAUAAUUGUUAUGUCACCCAAGUAUCAAGUUCCUCUAUUUGUUUUGAAUGAUUCACCUGUGUUCAAACUAAAAAUAAUGUAAAUAAUAAUGUAUGAAAUAUGUGAUUAUUGAUAAUAGUAUAGAGUGUAGUCAUUGAUUUUUGGUAUACUCUACCAAAUCUCUUUGAAUUUAGUUUCGUGAAUGAUCUACAACUAACAGUGUUCGUAGGCUUAGGUAUGUGGCCCACUAUGAAUGAAUUGUCGCUAUACAGUCACGAUUUGUAAGGUAGAUAGACAUUAAAUAUAAUCCAUAUCACAAUUAAUUUGAUGUCAUAUUGUGUCAUUAAAUAGGUAGUUUAACUUAGUUACUACUGCACUUGCGUACAUGUAUUUGUGAUACUUUAGUCGACAUUGUCUGAGCGUAAUUCAUUCAGUUUUUUUUAAAAUCAUUCAAUCGUCAAUAAUGUCAUAUUUUAAGGCUGAACAAUCACACGUACGAAUAUUACAAAAUAAAUACAUUUAAUAUGA